UGUCCUCAGUGUAGACAGACCUUCACACCGAGGCCUGUCCUGGAGACAAGCAUGUUAGCUGAUCUACUGGAGGAGCUGAAGAAGACUGGACUCCAAGCUGCUCCUGCUGAUCACUGCUAUGCUGGACCUGAAGAUGUGGCCUGUGAUGUCUGCACUGGGAGAAAACUGAAAGCUCUCAAGUCCUGUUUGGUUUGUUUGGCCUCUUAUUGUGAAAAACACCUCCAGCCUCAUCUUCAGUCAGCUGCAUUGAAGAGGCACAAGCUGGUGGAGCCCUCGGCUCAAGUGGAUGUUUUACUGCCACAACCAGAGCCAGAGACCAGAGCUGACUUCCUCAAAUAUUCACAAGAAAUCACACUGGAUCCAAACACAGCACAGAGACAUCUGUUAUUAUCUGAGGGAAACAGAAAAGUAACAUGGACGAGAGAUGGUCAGUCUUAUUCUGAUCAUCCAGACAGAUUCACUGAUAGGCCUCAGGUUCUGAGUAGAGAGAGUCUGACUGGACGUUGUUACUGGGAGGUGGAGCUGGAGGUGGGAGGAGGAGUUUAUGUAGCAGUCACAUACAAAAAUAUCAGAAGAGCGGGAAUCUCAUUUGAAUGUCUAUUUGGAUUCAAUGAUAAAUCUUGGUCAUUAUCUCGUAAUAGAACCAGUUAUAGCUUUUAUUACAACAGCAUGGACACGCUAGUGUCAGGUCCUGUGUCCUCCAGAGUAGGAGUGUACCUGGAUCACAGUGCAGGUGUUCUGUCUUUCUACAGCGUCUCUGACACCAUGACUCUCAUCCACAGAGUCCAGACCACAUUCACUCAGCCUCUCUGUGCUGGAAGGCACAAGCUGGUGGAGCACUCGGGUCAGGUGGAUGCUUUACUUCCUCAACCAGAGCCCAAGACCAGAGCUGACUUCCUCAAAUAUUCACAAGAAAUCACCCUGGAUCCAAACACAGCACACAGGCAUCUGUUAUUAUCUGAGGGAAACAGAAAAGUAACAUGGAUGAGUGAAGAUCAGUCUUAUUCUGAUCACCCAGACAGAUUCACUGUUUGCGUCUCUGGCACCAUGACUCUCCUCCACAGAGUCCAGACCACAUUCACUCAGCCUCUCUAUGCUGGAGUUAAUGUGUGUUGGUCUGGAUCCACAGCUGAGUUCUGUAAACUCAAAUAG